AUGGACAGGGUGUCGCCCCCGUUCGAGCGCCGCUUCGCCGUGUAUCAGGACACCCAGCGCACAGUAGUCAACACCGACUUGGCAUAUCCAGAGAGGGAAUGGAUCCUUUCCUCCAUCGUGGUCGGCUGUCUCGCCGUCUUUCUGCCCCUUGGCGUUUUCACGACUGCGCAAUGGUGGUUACGCUCGUUCUGGGACUGGGAUGCUGCCGUCCUGGGUCACUUACACUCCGUCCUGCUGGCGACACUGAUUCAAGUCGUUCUAAAAGUGUUGGUCGGCGGCCUGAGGCCGAGUUUUCUCGACGUAUGUGAACCGAAUCUCAACGCCUCAAUUAGUGCCCCGGAAGGAAAUGGGUUUCGGGACAUCAUGUACACGACGACCAUAUGCACGGAAACAGACAAAACUUCGAUGCGGAACGCCAUGACAUCCUUCCCCAGCGGACACAGUGCCGCCGGGCUCGCGGCGUCUGUCUAUCUGUUUCUCUGGCUGAACGCCAAACUCAAAGUGUGGGCGAACCGUCGAACCGAAAUCUGGAGGGUUACAGUCACAGCGAUGCCCAUCCUACUGGCUUGCAUCAACUGCGGCCUCCUCACCGUCGACAGGAUGCACCACUGGUAUGACAUUGUCGGGGGGGCACUCAUUGGGAUCGCCACAGCCUUCGCGUCGUACAGGGCCGUCUAUGCAGCCGUUUGGGAUUGGCGGUACAAUCAUGUGUUUCUCGAUGGCGUUAAUAGUUUUGACUAUGAAAAUAGAGAUGCGAACUAUGCGCACGGGACUCUGACAGAGAAGGGUGGUUGGACGACAGCAAAGAGGAGAGAAGAUAGCUGA